UUCACCGCUCCUUCUGAUAUCCCUCACUUAUUUUACAUAAAAACAAAUCAAGAAAGACCUUACAGGAAGCUGAAGACGAAACUAACACACCAAGUCUUCAUCUUCUGAAACUGUCUCCAUCUAUACAUACAAACAAACACUCUCUGCUAAUAUUAAUUAUUAUACCAGCUUCCAUAAUUCCAGAUGUAAUCUCAAAGCUUCAAAAUCAGUUUGAUCGUCAUUUGAAUAUUCUCCUUCCUCUGUGGUUAAUAAUUUGAAUUAGGACUCUGCAGAUUUAGAUAAUUCGAAGACGAUGAUGAGCAAUAGCAGUAGCAGCAGCAGUAGUGGUAGUACAAGAGGCUCAAAAGCUCCGUCAUCAACACAUACCAAAAUUGGGAAGAAAUUAAACAGGGGUGAAAAUGGCGUCGUAAAUCGAAAGAAGCUGAAUCGAGAGAUGAUCACCGCUCUGCAACAAGAUGUUGAAAAACUGAGGAAGAAGCUUAGACUUGAAGAGAACAUUCACCGAGCAAUGGAAAGAGCAUUUAACAGACCUCUUGGAGCACUUCCUCGUCUUCCUCCCUUUCUCCCUCCAAUGACUUUGCAACUACUUGCGGAAGUAGCUGUUCUUGAAGAGGAAAUUGUUCGGUUAGAAGAGCAAUUUGUACAUUUUAGACAAGAAUUGUAUCAAGAAGCGGCACUUACAUCUUCCAAAACAAACAUAGAAUGCCUUUUGCCUGAUUCCAGUUCAGCUUCAAGUAAUGCUAGAGAACAUUUUUCGCCGAAAACGCUAUCUGUUAAAGAGAGCCGAAGGGUUAAAAGGAACCAGUUGAGUGCUAAUUCUACAAUCAACAUGCAUAUUACUCAUACACAACUUAAUAAGAGUUUAAAAGCUCAGAAACUUAAGGAAAGUCCAAGGCCUUGCAAAACAAAUGCAGAGCCGAGGUCUUAUGGUGGAGCUGAUGAAAAAUGUGACCCAAAUAAAAUUUCAGAGGAUUUAGUUAAAUGUCUUUCUAGCAUUUUCAUGAGAUGUCAAGAAAAUGAGGAAGAUACAGCAUCCAGGGACCCUUAUGAAAUUUGCUCCAGCUUCAGAAGCAGAGAUAUUGGUCCAUAUAAGAACUUUAUUAAUGUUAAAGCAGCUUCAGUUAACCAAAAUAGAAUGUCAAGUUCAUGUGCGUUUCUCAUUCGCCAACUGAAAGGUCUUCUUGGAAGUCUUUCUUCCGUUAACUUGCAGAAACUUAAUCAGCAGGAGAAGUUAGCUUUCUGGAUAAACAUUUAUAAUAGCUGCAUGAUGAAUGGUUUCCUUGAACAUGGAAUACCAGAGAGCCCUGAGUUGGUGGUUACACUAAUGCGAAAGGCGUCUAUAAAUGUAGGCGGACACUUUCUCAAUGCAAUUACUAUUGAACACUUCAUCCUUCGCUUGCCAUAUCACUCAAAAUAUAUUUCCCCGAAAAGUUCAAAAAAAAAAAAUGAAAUGGCUGCGAGAAGUAGAUUCGGAUUGGAAUUUUCAGAGCCACUUGUAACAUUUGCUCUCUCAUGUGGUAGCUGGUCCUCACCCGCUGUACGGGUGUACACUACUGAUAAAGUGGAGGAAGAAUUAGAGGCUGCGAAAAGAGAGUAUUUGGAAGCAUCAGUAGGGAUAUCAAGGACGAAAAUGGGGAUACCGAAACUGAUGGAGUGGUACAGUCAUGACUUUGCAAAGGAUACUGAAUCAUUGCUUGAUUGGAUUUGCCUUCAGUUGCCUACUGAAUUAGGAAAAGAUGCUCUCAACUGUCUUCAACAAGGGAUGUCUCAGUCCCCUGCUUCUACGCGUAUCCAUAUUAUCCCUUAUGAGUUUAGUUUUAGAUAUCUUUUCUCCAUCUGAAAAUGUUUUUUUUUGCAAAGUGACUUUCUUUUUCUUACUCCCUCGAAAAAGUCCCAAAUUAGUACUUUUCUUUUGGCUGUGGUUCAGAUAGUAAUUUCUUUUACAGCAGUAUAUGUGUAGGAAAAGCACAUAAAUAAGUGGAAAGUGAAGUUAUUUCAGUUUA